CUGACAUGAGCAGACAUUCACGCCUGUGCUGGAAUCAGUUGGUUGUCAUGUGAGUCAGCCGCCCGGGGUCUCAAUCUGGGGAGGAGGGGCGAGGGUCAAUAUGACGAAGGACCUCAAAUGGGUGUUUUGUCAUCUGUUGCUGGGUAUAAAGGCCCAUGGAGUUGAAGAUGUCUAAAAGUUGUCCCAUCCUUAACUCCUUUUUUCUUGAUACAUGGUUCGAGAGGAUCAGCAUCAUGGUCAUCUUGCUCAACUGCGUGACGCUGGGAAUGUACCAACCUUGCGAGAACAUCGACUGCACCUCAGACCGCUGUCAAAUCCUCCAGGCCUUCGAUGCCUUCAUCUAUAUCUUUUUUGCACUGGAGAUGGUGGUGAAGAUGGUGGCUCUUGGAAUCUUUGGUCGUCACUGUUAUUUGGGAGAUACUUGGAACAGGCUGGACUUCUUCAUUGUCAUGGCAGGCAUGGUGGAAUACUCUCUGGACCUGCAGAACAUCAACCUGUCAGCCAUUAGGACGGUGCGAGUUCUUCGUCCCCUGAAAGCCAUCAACAGAGUGCCAAGUAUGCGUAUCCUGGUGAACCUGCUGCUGGACACUCUCCCCAUGCUGGGCAACGUUCUCCUCCUCUGCUUCUUUGUGUUCUUCAUCUUCGGGAUCAUCGGCGUGCAGCUGUGGGCGGGGCUUCUUCGGAACCGCUGUUACCUGGAGGAGAACUUCACCCUCUCUUCAGGAAUGAGCCCGCCACCUCCGUACUACCGAGCCGAGGAGGAUGACGAGCGGCCCUUCAUCUGCUCGCUGGCAUCCGACAACGGCAUCAUGUCAUGCUCGGACGUUCCCGCCAGGCGACAAGGCGGCCAGACGUGCUGCCUGGACAAGGAAGACGCGCUCCACAGACAAGCUUUGGGUCUCAACCCCGAGCCCAUGGGGAACGGCAGCGGCGCCGGGGAUGCCGUGGCCCUGUGCGUUAACUGGCACCAGUAUUACACCCGCUGCCACACGGGAAGCAGCAACCCCCACAAAGGCGCCAUCAACUUUGACAACAUUGUCUAUGCCUGGAUUGUCAUUUUCCAGGUGAUCACUCUGGAAGGCUGGGUGGAGAUCAUGUAUUACGUCAUGGAUGCCCACUCCUUCUACAACUUCAUCUACUUCAUCUUACUCAUCAUAAUCGGUUCUUUCUUCAUGAUCAACCUUUGCCUGGUGGUCAUCGCCACUCAAUUUUCCGAGACCAAGCAGCGGGAGCACCAGCUGAUGCAGGAGCAGAGGGCCCAGUGCCUAUCCUCGUCCACGCUGGCCAGCAUGGCCGAGCCGGGCGAUUGCUACGAGGAAAUCUUCCAGCUGGUCUGCCACGUCCUCCGCAAGGCCAGGAGGAGAUCGGCGGCUCUCUACUACACGCUGAGGGGCAAGCCCCCGCCUGCUGGCGGAGGCAGGGGCAACAGGCGGACAGGUGGACUCAAUCAGAACGGGGAGAGGCAUCACUCCAGGCAUCCCAAAUUAACCCGGUGUCCGCAUCAAAGCAAGCAAGAGCACGAGUUCCACCCGCUGGACAACUCCAUCAGCCUGGCCGUGCCUCAGAGUCCGCACGACUGCCCCAUGUGCGCUUUAGCGCCGGAAGAAGGCCCGAGGACGGCGGGAGACGGCGCCGGCGGAGAGGACGACGAGGGCGACGCCGUGGAGGAGACGGACAAGGACGAGAAGCGCUUGGAGGGUGCCGGGAAAAAGAAAAGGAGCUGUUUGGGUCGCUGUAAGGACGUGUGGGAUGAAAUGAGGAGAAAACUGCGGGGCAUCGUGGAGAGCAAGUAUUUCAGCAGGGGCAUUAUGAUUGCUAUUCUCAUCAACACCAUCAGUAUGGGCAUCGAACAUCACAAUCAGCCGGAGGAGCUGACCAAUGUGCUGGAGAUCUGCAACAUUGUUUUCACCAGCAUGUUCACCCUGGAGAUGAUCCUCAAGUUGACGGCUUUUGGCUUUUUUGAGUACUUGAGGAACCCGUAUAACAUCUUUGACGGCAUCAUUGUCAUCAUCAGCGUGUGCGAGAUUAUCGGUCAGGCGGACGGCGGCUUGUCGGUGCUGAGGACCUUCAGGCUCCUGCGCGUCAUCAAGCUGGUCAGGUUCAUGCCCGCCCUGAGGCGUCAGUUGGUGGUUCUGAUGAAGACCAUGGACAACGUGGCGACCUUCUGUAUGCUGCUCAUGCUCUUCAUCUUCAUCUUCAGUAUCCUGGGGAUGCACAUCUUUGGUUGCAAGUUCAGUUUGAAGACAGAUGCGGGAGACACUGUGCCUGACAGGAAAAACUUUGAUUCCCUCCUCUGGGCCAUCGUCACAGUCUUUCAGAUUCUGACUCAGGAGGACUGGAAUAUGGUGUUGUACAACGGCAUGGCUUCCACCUCACCCUGCGCCGCCCUCUACUUUGUAGCGCUGAUGACGUUCGGAAACUAUGUUCUCUUCAAUUUAUUGGUGGCCAUCUUGGUGGAAGGCUUUCAGGCUGAGGGAGAUGCAAACCGCUCUUACUCAGAUGAUGACAGGUCUUCCUGUAAUUUUGAGGAGCAGCAGGACUCUCUGCAUCUCUCAGACCCAAAGAUCUGCACGCUGACACCUAACGGACACUUGGACUUGAGCCCGCUGGCUACUGGCCUGUUUCCUGGAGAGAGGUUGAGUUUUGCACUCGGGUCGAGGAAGAACAGUGUCAUUUCUCUCGGCAGGGCCAAUCUGGAGCAGAGGGCUGCGUAUCCGGGCCGCGGUUACCACAACUGGGGUCGCCCGCUGGGCCGCCAGCAUCAGGCCCCUUGGACUCGUCGCUCCAGUUGGAACAGCCUGAUGGGUUGCCGCCCCUGCUCCUCAUCGUCUCCGUCGGCGAGCCCGGCCUUCACCUCCACCUCGGCCAGGCCCUUUUACGGCUACGGCUUAGGAGGUCUGGGAGGGGUGGUCGGGGGAAGUCUCCGGAUCCGGGGACCCCGUGCCUCCUCUUCCCCGCUCCGCCACCUCCACAGCGUCCACCCGGAUGAGGAGGAAAGCCUUCUCUCGCCUCCCGCCGUUGCGUCUCACACGCUUCAUCUUCGCCAUCCUAUCCUCCAGGGACAUUUUGUACCCAGGAGGGACCGCCGGGCUCUGUCUCUGGAGCUCCCCCAGUUGCUCCAGGUCCCGGGCGUCCCGCAUCCUCCCCCGUUGGCGCACCGCCCCGUCUCCCCCGCGGCCCUCCAGAGGAAGAGCUUCCCCGGAGGGACGCUCGUCGGUGGCGGCUUCGAGAGUCCCGCCGUCAUGGGAGGAGUGUACCAAGACUGUAAUGGCAAGACUCCUCUGGCACAGCUUCUUCACCCGCCUCCCAAACACCAAACCGAGCAGACUUGUAGGACAAACCACCAAAGACUGAUUUCAGAAGUCUUUCCGCAAGUGAACACACGAAACAAGGGCCAGGAAGACAUGGAUGACGAGCUGGACUAUAGCUUGUGUUUCCGCAUCCAAAAAAUGUUGGAGGCGCACAAGCCGGACUGGUGCGAGACCAGACAGGACUGGUCCAUUUUUCUCUUCUCGCCGCAGAACAGGUUCCGUCAGAUCUGCCAGUCCAUCAUCGCCCAUAAGUUGUUUGAUUACGUGGUGCUGGCCUUCAUCUUUUCCAAUUGCAUCACGGUGGCUCUCGAGAGACCCAAGAUCCUCCAGGGCAGCUUGGAAAGGGUGUUCCUCACUAUAUCCAACUACAUCUUUACUGCCAUCUUUGUGGGCGAGAUGACACUCAAGGUGGUUUCCAUGGGCCUGUACAUGGGGGAGCAGGCAUAUUUGCGGAGCAGCUGGAAUAUUCUGGAUGGCUUCCUGGUUUUUGUGUCUUUAAUUGACAUUGUGGUGUCAAUGGCGGGCGGGGCCAAGAUCCUGGGAGUGCUUCGAGUGCUCCGUCUGCUCAGGACGCUACGUCCUCUCAGGGUGAUCAGCAGAGCUCCAGGUCUGAAGCUGGUGGUGGAGACCCUCAUCACCUCUCUCAAACCCAUCGGCAACAUUGUCCUCAUCUGCUGCGCUUUCUUCAUCAUCUUUGGUAUUCUCGGGGUCCAGCUGUUUAAAGGCAAGUUUUUCUACUGCUUGGGGCCUGAUGUGAAAAACAUCACCAACAAAUCCGAUUGUCUGCAAGCCAACUACAAGUGGGUUCACCAUAAGUACAACUUUGACAAUUUGGGGCAGGCCCUGAUGUCCUUGUUUGUGCUGGCCUCUAAGGACGGUUGGGUCAACAUCAUGUAUCACGGUCUGGAUGCCGUCGCUGUGGACCAGCAGCCUGUGACCAACAACAACCCCUGGAUGCUGCUCUAUUUCAUCUCCUUCCUCCUCAUCGUCAGCUUCUUCGUCCUCAACAUGUUUGUCGGCGUUGUGGUGGAGAACUUUCACAAGUGCCGCCAGCACCAGGAAGUGGAGGAGGCCAAGAGGCGUGAGGAGAAACGGCAGCGGCGUAUGGAAAAAAAGAGGAGAAAAGCCCAAAAGCUUCCCUACUACGCCAGCUACAGCAAGGUGCGGCUGAUGAUCCACACGCUGUGCACAAACCACUACCUGGACCUCAUCAUCACCUUCAUCAUCUGCAUCAACGUCAUCACCAUGUCCCUCGAGCACUACAAUCAACCUCGCUCUCUAGAUCUGGCUCUGAAGUACUGCAAUUAUUUCUUCACCUCCACUUUCGUGCUGGAAUCCAUCCUCAAGCUCAUCGCCUUCGGCUUCCGCCGCUUCUUCAAAGAAAGGUGGAACCAGCUGGACCUUGCCAUUGUGCUUCUGUCCGUGAUGGGCAUCACUUUGGAGGAGAUUGAGAUAAGCGCCGCGCUGCCCAUCAACCCCACUAUCAUCAGGAUCAUGAGAGUGCUGAGAAUAGCACGAGUCCUGAAGCUGCUGAAAAUGGCCACAGGAAUGCGAGCCCUGUUGGAUACGGUGGUCCAAGCCCUGCCUCAGGUGGGUAACCUGGGUCUGCUCUUCAUGCUACUGUUUUUCAUCUACGCCGCCUUAGGAGUAGAGCUUUUCGGAGAACUUGUUUGCAAUCAAGACUACCCGUGCGAGGGCAUGAGUCGUCACGCUACCUUUGAGAACUUUGGCAUGGCCUUCCUGACUUUGUUCCAAGUCUCUACGGGCGACAACUGGAAUGGCAUCAUGAAGGACACAUUGCGGGAGUGCCCACCAGAUCACGGCACUGAUGUGGACUACGCCUGCAAUCCCAGCCUUCAGUUUAUCUCGCCCAUGUACUUUGUCUCCUUCGUGCUCACCGCCCAGUUUGUGCUCAUCAAUGUGGUGGUGGCCGUGCUGAUGAAGCACCUGGACGACUCCAACAAGGAGGCCCAAGAGGAGGCGGAGAUGGAUGCAGAAAUUGAGCUGGAGCUGGCCCAGGGCACCCUCUGUUGCAUGGGCGCCCCCGGUUGCGGGGGCGGAGGGGUGGAGAGAGGAGGAGUCGUCGUCGGCGGCGCCGCCGGAUCGGCCCCCGGUACCGAAGGAGGAGCGGGAGGGAGGAUGCGGACGGCGCCCGGCGGGCACGCCUUGCCGUACAGCGCCGCUGACUCCAACCGGCCCUUGUACUCACCAGCACAUGAAAGCCAGUGGUUGGACAGCGUGUCUCUUCUGAUCAAGGAUACAUUAGAAGGGGAGAUGCUGAUGAUCGACAAUCUCUCUGGUUCUGUCUUCCACCAUUACUCGUCCCCUCGACCCAUCUGUAAAGACUGCAGGGGCCACCCACAAGAGAUCAGGAUGGCGGAGAUCGAGCAGGCUUCGCUGAAAUCCGAGCAACUCUCCGACAAGUCGUCUUCUCCCGCCCUCCCCGAUGACCUCAGCCUGGACGAGCACGCCGCCUACCAGCUGCUUGUGCGAGACACCAAGGGAAAGCGCGGCAGCGGAUCAUCCAGCUCUGAAGAGGCGACAGGAGGAGGAGGAGGUCAGAAGGGCCACCAGACGGUUGUCCAGAGCCAGGUCCAAGGUCUAGGCCAUUUCCCCAGGACGCUCUGCAAAGUCGAGAUGGAGACAAAUUACUUCAGCCCGAGUGACGUUUCCGGCGUCAGCAGCAAGGAAAGAAAGACGGAGGGAAAAGAAGAAGCUCGCAGCGUCUCUCCGCCUGCUGACUUCUUCCACUCGACAGGAGCGGCCAUCCCGCCACCUCCCCGCAGCAGGAGCCUGAGGUUGUCCAGAGGCCUUAGAUUGACCUCCCCGGCUUCUUGGGCGGCGUUCCGUUCCCCUGGAGGCCGUAGCAAGGUCCUGUGUAGUCAGUAUCCAUCCCAUAGCGAUUCAUCGCUAGCGACCGGCAGCUCUGAAGGCAGCCUCCAGACCACCCUGGAAGAAGGCCUGAGCUUCAGCGUCUCGCCACCGCAAAACACCGACUCGCCAGCAGCUCCUUCGCCGCACCAGUGCCCGCUCCGUCAAGACGGCACCGGCGUUUCUUCCCCGCUCCAAAGCCUGAGACUGAGGCCCAGCCCGUCAUCGGCUCUCACCCUGCAGGCCACCGUCGGCCAACAGCGGAGCCAAAGCAGCGGGCGAGGUAGCACCAGCCCGGGUUUCACACGGGACGACUCCAUCGACCCUUCGGACGAGGACCUGGGCAUCGUUAUCGGCUCCUCCCUGGGCGGUUGCGGGUCCAGCCAAGCGGGAAACAGCGAACACUUGUCGGAGACGCUGAGCAGUUUGUCGCUGACCUCGCUGCUGUCGCCCGCUUCCGUGGCGUAUCCCGGAGCAGCCGUGAAAAAGUGCAAUAGCACCGGAAGCCUGGACCGAGGAGGCGGGAUGCUUCUGUCGUCCCGAGGGAGAGAGACCCGCAGGGAGAUUCUAGGUCUGGAGCUGAUGGACUCUCAGGGUUUCUUGGCCAACCCUUGGUCAGGGGCGAGGAGAGGAGACGGGGACCAAAUGGGAGACGCGUCGCCAGGGUUCCGCGGGAAAAGCUCAAGCCAAACAACAGUAGGGCCCUUUCGCAAAAACAGAUGAAACCGACUACAAACUUUUUCUUCUUCCUUCCUUGGCCCUUGCACUCUUUCUCUCUCUCUCUCUCUCUCUCUCUCUCUCUCUCUCUCUCUCUCUUCCCACCAAUGAAAGAGAGGCUUGCCUGCAUUUCCAAGCCUCAUCUUCCCCACACGGCCCCCUCCCCUCUCCAAUCAUUUGUGAUGGAUCAACCCAAGACCUAGUAUUUUGUGCAAGUGUGCAACCAAGGGACCUGGUCUGGCUUUUGCCCCAGUGCACUCGUAGCCUGCAAAGUUGGGGCCGAAGGGCUAAAAAGAGUCAAAAGUGGCAGGUAGCUAGCAGGUUCUACCAGCCAGAUCGAUGUUCAGGGAGGGCCUCGGCCGGGUCACGGAAUACGCAAAGGUCCACUUUAGGGACGGGAACGUUGGGUCAUUUGUUUGGCAGAGGAGGGGAGGAAGCGGAUCUGAUUUCCAUCUGUUCCGGCAGACGGGAACAACGGGUGCCGCUCGCCUCUCCGCUGACAUCACAGGAAAGUGCGAGGUGGAGGAGAGUUCACGUUCGGCCCAGAGCGCUGCCUCAGGUAUCCGAGAGAUAGCGGCAGAAAGAGGAUGGCGGGAUGGGAGGCGUGGCGUGAACCUUUGAGCCGGUGAGAUUUAAAGCACACUCCUUUUCGACCGUACUUCCUCUCACGGCGGGCGAUGCAAUGCCGAAAGGUUGCAAAGAACCUUGACUUGCAUGACGGAAAUGCAUCUAAUGGAAAUUUUUACGUAUAUACAAACGUGUGUCCAGAUGUCAGUGUUGGGUGAUGACCAUGUGUUUUUUAUUGCCACUAUUUUUGUAGAGAAAGCGAAUUUAGGCACAUGCAAAUUGCGGGCUCCUGUUCGGAAGUCCAUUCCGAUUGCGUCACGUCAAGUUUGUCCGCCAGUGGCUUCCGGUUUUCUAACAUUUUUUUAAAAGUGUGCAAAAAAAAUUAAAAAUUGCUUGAAACGG